AUGGUGUGGUUGGCCAUCACUGCAGACUCCUGGGACUCCGUUUGGAAGGUCAAGCGUCAGCUCGAGGAGCUUGGCAUUGCCUCGCCGGGCUCGGUGUCCAUCCACGGCGAUGGCAAGAUCUUCCUCGAGACCUCCAUGGAGAUACUGCUGGAGCGCGUGGUCUGCCUGUCCAUGGUGGAAAGAGUCUUCCUUUGUGUUCAUCGGGAAGGUCUGCACGAGGAGCACGCUAUCUGCCACCUGGGUCCCAACUACAAACUUCUGCAGGAAUGGAUCUAUGCCAUCGAUUGGCGGGAAGUCUUUCGCGUGAUUGAUGUCAUUCAUGGAGGCCAUCGCCCAGAAACCUGGAUGCUGGACUCCAAGCGCCACGGCGCAAAAGGCUCUCCCAUGCGAGCCUUCGAUCGCCUCGAGAUGCAGCAGAAGGUGCGUGACGUGCUGCAUGAGGUGCUGUCCGCCUACGGUUGCUCUCACCAUCCCUACAACGCGGGCCUGAUGGUCUAUGUCUUCUUGAGUGCUUCACUCGCCUUCGUCGGCAUACCCAUCCUCCACCGCCGGGUGAAGCAGGGCUACUUCCCCCACAAAGGCCUGCACCACAGUCUAUGUUGGGGCUUGGCAUCCGUGGCACGCUUGCAGGAUCGCGAACUGGUCCUGGAUCCCAUGGCGGGCAAAGGCGUGGUCCUACUCGAGGCAGCUGCAUGGUGGCCACAAUGCCAUUUCUUGGGCCUCGAAUUGGUCAGCGAGCAGCUCGUGCAGGCCGUGGAGAACUUGCGCUACGCGAAUGAGCGAGGAGUGCUGCCAUGUGGCCAGGCCGUGGGCUUUGCUCGCGCCGACUGCCGGAAGCUACCACUGGCGGCAAAGUGCGUGGACGUG